CACAACCGCGGCUGCUGCACGCGGCGGCCGUUCCGUUACGCAAACGAUGACGUUCAUCGGCCUCGUUCGUGCGCACGGGCGGGCCCGACGCUAAAAAAGCGGCCGCGCGCGCGCUUGAGCUGCAUUGCUCUGUCGACGGAAGGGCGGCGUAAACCAUUGUUGUUUCCCGGAAUGCGCGCGCAGGCUCUCUGGCUGUCAGUGGCCUCUUGGCGAACCCGACGUCAGCAGCGGCAUUGGCGUCCUUGCACUUUAAACAGGGUCACUCGCCAGAUGAACGCGCCGGUUUUCGAACAGCCGCUCUGCCGUCUCUGAACGAUAUGGUUUCAUUGCAUACGUGCGCGGGACGGGAGCAGUACGACCGGGCCGAAUUGUCGUCGUCGCCGUCUCUUUGAUGUGCCCACCGUCGUCGUCGACAUUGCCGUUUCAGCGUCGUCGAUCGUCACACGGAUUAACACGCUCGUCGAGGAACUCGGUAUACUAGAGUUUUUGACGCACCGUGAGCCAAUGAGCGCAACAACACAGGCGGGCACCGGGUUGUCGUCGUCGUCGUCGUCGCAUUGAUAGCGGAGCGAAGUCCAUGGGCAACCCCGAUGAGGCGUCGGCGUCUUCGGGAAGCAGCCCCGCGACGGUGGGCGCACCCGCUGCCGACGCGGCAAGGCGCGACCCCCUCCAACCCCUGCGGCCCGAGGUCUUCCACAUCUCCGGCACGCGGCUCUCGUCCGAACCCGGCGAACGGCCCGCCCUGCAGCUGCCGUCGACUCCGCCGCCGCCUCAGAAUGCGGCGGCGAGGCAGGCUUCGCUCGAGAACGGCUCCCUGGCCACGGAGAGCUCGUUCACCGACCGCACCAGCAGCGACUCAACCAGCGUGCAAGAGACGGCCAGGCCGCGGGAGGAAACGUCGACGGGCGGCGGCGGCAGCCACGAUGCCUUGCGGACCCCGGCCUCCGCGGACGACGAGAGCCGGCGCGCCGCGCACGGCCUCUGGUCGCACGACCUGUUCUCCGUGUUCGCCUCCUUCUUCAGCAUCUUCGGGCUCUUCAGCGUCACCAGGUUCUCUCUGCUGGUGCAUAUUUAUAAAGCGUGCUUCGUGCUGCAGUUCUUCGUGCUCUCGGCGGUGUUCGGCGUGCCCUUCCUGUACCUUCAGAUGUCUCUGGGCCAGUACUUGGGCAGCGGCAUCCUCGACAUGUGGUACAUAUCGCCCGCUUUCAAAGGCGUGGGCCUGGCCCUGAUGAUGGUCUACAUGGUGUGUGGCGUCUACCUGGCCGUGCCUGUGUCGUGGCUUUUCUUCUACUUCCGCGACUCGUUCAUCAAAGCAAGGGACGCUUACCGGUGGUCCAUCUGCCAAGCACGGUUCGCCUCGGGAGGGUGCUACAAGAACAAUUCAUCGUCUCCAGAGUUCUUGGGCUGGACCACGGCCUCCUAUUUCCAUGGCCGGGUGCUGGAUCGGAGGGCGGCGCCGCAAGCGAGCGGCAUCGGGGACCUCAAGUUCGAGUUGGCCUUCAACCUGGGCGUCGUCUGGCUCCUUGUGUUCAUCGCCCUCAGCCGAGGCCUCAAGUCUUUCGGGAAGAUUCUGGCCAUCCUGGGCAUCCUGUCCAUGUGCCUGCUGGUGUUCAUCACCAUCCGCAUGACGGAACAGUGGGGCGGUGGCAUUACGGAGCUCUUCAGGGCCGACUGGAAGGGCGUCCUCUCCGACACCAACUCAUGGGUGGUGGCAGCACGUGAAGUCUUCAUCACGUGGGGGCUGUUCGGAGCCCUUGCGCUGCACGUGAACAGUCGCAACAAGUUUUCGAGCAACAUUACAAGGAACAUGAUCUGCGUGACAGUGCUGGUGUGCACUGUGCUCGUGCUGGUCGCAAUGCUGUUCGCCAGCGUGGCGCAUCUCUUGCGCACUCACGGCAUGAUUCUAGUCAGCUCGUCGUUCGAGGAAGAGUCCACCGUGCGGUUCCUACAGUCGGUGAACGGAUCGUGGCCGCCGAUGGACCAGUCGGUGCCUGUCAACCUGCUGGCUGGCGUGCUACUGCAGGGUCCGCGCAAGCACAACCUGCUCAGCGGCUACCAGGUGGCACGCUUCGCCGUCGAGGUGUUUCCGGCAGCGCUAUCCGCCGAGGGAGGGCGGAGCAUCUCGCCUUUCUGGCCCAUCUGCUUCUUCGUCAUGCUCGCCUCGUUGGGCCUCGGACACCUGAUAUGCAUCUGGAAUUGCAUUGUAGAUGCUGUGGUGUACAUCCGACCAAAGUUUUUCACAAAAUGGAGGACAAUAGUUACCUUCAUCACCUGCACAGUGGGGUUUCUUCUGGGGCUCUUCUUCGCCACCGAUGCAACUUUGCACCUUAUGCUGUUUUUGGAUGUGUGGCUGGGAUCACUUUGGUGGAUCGUCGCCCUGUAUUUCAUCAUGCUCAUAGUCGUGCUAUUUAUACAAGGUAAACCUUUUGGAACGGACAAGCUAGUCAAAAUGAUAGUGCAAAAGGAAAGGUCCAAGUCUCUCUACCUGCCACUGCUGACUUUCCAUUGGAAUGUUCUUCUACCAAUAGCAUUUUUGAUGCUGUCUAUCGCAUUCAUGCGGUCAGGCCACUUGGCCAUGUUCUCGCCAGAGUCGUUGUCCCUCUUCUACCACUACUGGUCACCUUGGGUUGGCUCGUUCUGCGUGCUCCUGCAGACGCUGCCACUUCUGGGCGUUGCCCUAGUGGCCGUAGUUGAAGGCCUCAAGAUUGUCGUCUUCAGCAAGAACCAGGCUCAGAUGCAUGAGCGUAUCGAAUCCUGGUGCUGUCCGACGUUCAUUACAACGUCUCCAGCAACAGAGACACCGCCUGCGGCGCCGGAGCCUUCGCAGGGGGUCUCCAACAUUGCAUUCGAAGAAGAUGUGCCGCCAAAAUACUCGCCACCCCCAUCGUACUCAACUGCCACGGCACGUAUGAUCCUCAAGGAGUUGCACAAGUGCCAACAACAGCCUACGCCAACAAGCAGCAGCCGCAGUUCACUGAUGAAUCGUGAGCGCGUCGAUAAGAUUCGGUUGAGCUUCUCGGACCUUCAGUUCAACUUGACAUCUCGAAGUCCACCGCGAGAAGACUCUUCAGAUGCGUGAAGAAGAGGUGGUCGCCUUCUGAGGUCCUCGCUUAUACGUGAUGCGUGCCGUUAGCAACGAAAAAGAAGGCACGCAAAAAUUAGUCACUCUGAACCACAUGCGGAGCAGUGAUUGCCAAGACAUGGCAUGAAGUGCCGCUUGGACCAUCUCUAACGGGUUGUAGCUGAAUGCUGAUGACAGGAUGAUUCAGAACACACGCAUAGCACGAGGCACACUGUGCAAGUGGCUUGUACUGCGACUAUACGACUUGGAUGGUCAAGCGGGAGUUCGGACGGGUGCUGUGGUCCAGUUCAUUGAUCUCUUCUAGGCAAGCAUACGCUUGAAAGCACUUGGGGAGAAAUGGGAAACAAGAAUUUUUUUUUCCUAGACAACGCAGGGUCAAAUAUGGCGACAAGCCAGUCGGGGCCCUCUGACAAUAACUUUAUUAACUCUAAAGUGAGACUGGGCCAAAUAGAGGCAGAAACAAGAGAAAGAGCAGGGUGCAGUAGUUUUAUGCUAUCCCCGUCUCUAAAUGGUACUUUUCUAGCAACUGUCAUGACUACUUACCUUUUUAGUCAGGCAGAGUUAAUGAGCCUAGGAGAAACUUGUUUGUAGAUGCUCUGGCACAUUAAGAAGUUUGUGUGGCCUGCUUACAUUACUAUUACAUUGAUGUAGGAUGCUUCAUGCUUAUAAGGCUGUGGUUCAAAGCCUGCUUUUUUUUUUCUUUUCACCAUGCAAGUGAUUCUUCAUGACAGGGCAUUGAGCGAGCACAUUGCACAACAUCGAGGCAGAUCGUCAAGAAGCAAUGAUGAGCUUGUACAGUCGCUUUAGGUGAAAAAUUCAAACAUCUGGUGUCACUUUCAUUGUUAGUGGUGUACCACAUACUGCAGACGUGACCCAGUGACAAGUUGGCAGUGUAAUUUGCAUUCAUCAUAGCAAAACAAAAAUAAUCUGUGCCUGCAUUGUACUGCACACUAAAAUUGACAGAUGUGAUGGCAGGUCAUAAAGCUCUUGCCACAUUGCUUAUGACAUAAUGAGAAACAACAAUGACACACCACUUAUUGUCAUGUCUUUCGGCCACAGUCAUGAAAUCAUACGGCCAUCCAUAACCGGUGAAGUCUUGAAACCCUGUUGAUCGAGCAAAUUAUUCAGUAGGUAUUUCGCAGCUUGUUCCAGGUGAUCUUUGGGAUUCAAGGUCCCAUUUAAGUGACCAGUUGAGUUGCCGAUAGCAGUGGUAUAUAAGCAUAUUGUUUGUAUAACCAUAGGAGGUGAAAGUUGAGUCGGUAUAAUAGAAAGAUUCCUUUCGUUCCAAGUUUAUUCCUUUCUUAUCCACUGCUAAUGAGUGCUGAUCAUAGUUAUAAUGUAAGUGAAGCGCUGAAAGAAAAAGAAUUGGAAUAGAAUCGUUACAUUAUCCCAACCUUGCUUUAUCUUGUGCGGAACACCUUCUAGGGACCCAGAAGCUUGCCGUUUGUUGCACACUGUUUGAUCGUUGUUUCUCUGAUAACGAGAGACCCUCCGAGUUAUGACUGCAUAUUUUUCGUUCAAGCACCUUGCGUAUUAAUUUAAGUGUUCUACAUAGUCGUGAGUCAUUCUCAUUGAAGAUUGGUCAUCACACUGUUGCAGCCCUUUUAGUGAUGGUUGAGGACAAUCCCAUCACAGGUUUACCAAAACUUAUAACGUGGGUGUAUGGAUAGCAUUCCUUGCUUUCCCACUCACUGCAGUUAGGAAAACACGACUGGCUUUAGCCAUUGGUGACUGCAAAAAUUUGUCUUUUGCAUGAGAAAUAGCAUACUUGCAGUGGUGAUGUAAAGAAGCUACGAUGAUACAUUAUAAAGAUACCACACCGAAAGAAGUCUCACUCUCGGGGCGUGCAGCAAGUUUCGGCCAUCUUUGGCAGUUUAGAUGGUAUCAAAUUGUAGGGAUAAACUCUGAAAAAUUGAGAAAGAAGGAAUGGGGGGUACGGCUUCAAGAAUGUGCAUUUCUUUUCGACCACUUAAAACGUGCCCAUCACAUUUAGGUGGCUUUGUUUUUGUAGUGAGGCAGCAUGCAGACGGCAGGUGUCCUUUGCACCCAGAAAAAAAAGAAAAAGCACUGUUUGCAGCAGUCGUAAACCAUAAAAUUACAAUGCUACACUGUUUUGACAGCGGCAAACUGCAUGGACUAGCUUUACACCUUCUUUUGAGCACAUGCAUCACUCAAUGUUGGCUUCAUUUUCCACACGGGACCCAUAGUGCUUCUUUCAAAGACAUUUGUAUGUUUGUGACUGAAAAAAAAAAGUUUUUUAUUAGUAAAGGUUUCCUAUAAGCUAGUUAUUCCAUAGCUAAAUGCUGCAUAUAGUACACAAGGCUGCUAUUAAUACCAACUCGGUUAGAAUUACUUAUCUAUAAACUGAACUGCUUUGGAACCUUCUAUUUACUGAUCCUCUUUUAAGGCCAAAUGAUUUAUUAAGUCCCUCGAUGUUUGCCUCAACAGGAGCUUACCAUGCAGAUGGAACGAACCAGACAACAUGUACACAUGUUUGCUUGUUUGUUGUUUUGUUCGUUUCAGCCAUACACAGUAUGUAGCUUGUUAUCAUUUCACUUUAAAAGCUAGGCAGGCACAAUGUUUGAAUGUGUGUGUGUGUGUGUUUACCUGAAUCUGUUACAUAUACUGUAUACAAAAGCCUUACUCCUUGCAUAUAGAGGAGGAUGUGAUAUUUGAAGUUGUGUGAAUAGGACUAACGUUAGAAGUGUGUGAUGAAGGGCCCACUGUGCUCGAGGACCAGUUGUACCUUUGCAAGUUCCUGCCUAAGCAUAGAUGUUAAGGCCUUGUGUAGCAUCCAAAGUCCACUUUUUCCAUGCGCUCUAGAUGAAAUGGCAUUACUGAAUAAGACAAGGAAGGAAGCUUAUAAUACACUUGCAUACAACUCGUAUGCACUACACAUGUGCUGGUAACAUAUCUGAUAAUCCUGGAUUUGUUCUCCCUCAGGAGCUUUGUCUAAUGACAGCAAAAAAUUUUGAGCUUCUGUAUAGCUUCCAGAUUUCAUUACAUUGCUCAGCUGUCAUCAAGAAGCAUUUUGUAAGAGUAUUUGUGUGCUGCAGAAGUGCUUUGACGCACAUAAAUAAGGCAGCCUGUUGAACUAGUUCAUGCCCACCUGGCCGGCACCUGCAACAUGGAACCUGAUCGUGGCGCAAUGCUUCCAAAUACACAAAAAUUAAUAAAAUUGAAAAUAGAAAUGACAAAAAAAAAAGGAACACUUGCUCCAGGAACUCAAUGUAUGUGCUGUGUUGUUCAGAAAUGAGUACAAAACAGAACUGCUACACUUGGCUUUUAUACUGCCAUAUACUGCUUCGCCUUCAAUCCAUGCACCAAUUUUUACCUGCACAGUUUAGGGUUGUUCCAAAUGAACCUUUACUUGCACAAGUUCUAUGCACACAUGACCACUUUUGCAACCACCUGAUGCUUCUCCCAACCUUGAUGUUUUUGCGCUUCAAUACUACAGGCACAGCAUCAAAAUUGUUGCUGAUAUUUAUCCAUUUCCAAUGCUUUCUCAGGGCAGAGUAUAGUGAACAAAUUUUUUUUGCACAAUAAUUUCUGUAAGGAAAGCGCAGCUUGUUUGUAGAACGUGGCUUGAAUUACAUGUAUAAAAAAAAGAUAGAUUUUUCUUUAUGCUGCCUGAAGCUUGGCAGUGUUGUUUGCCUUUGUUGAGUUUGAGCGAUACAAGAGUUGAACAUUUAGCGUGUUGCAAAAUGUGUGUAUUCCGGGUGCUAUGUAUAAUGCAAGAGAUAUCUGAAAGCUUUCAUUUCUAAGUGUGUGCGUGUGUGUGUUUGUAAAUAAGUGUACAUACUAUGCAUUGAAGGGAAAAGAUCAAGAAAAAAAUAGACUGUGGGAAAUGCGUUAAAGAGUUGCACUUGAUCUGGUACAUGCAUUGACAAUGUUGCUGCAAAAUGUAGGGAAGAGAACAAAGUGCAGUGUUGCUGUGAAUAAUGCUAACUUAUGCAUGGUGUAGCACAUAUCUUGACCAUUUUCCAGUUGCAUGAGGUACGCACUACGAAUUUAGCAGUCUGAGUCUACACACUGCUUUGUUGGUUGUGAAAAGAAAGGUGCAGCUGAGUUCUCUAAGUGUAAAUAAAGGCGUGCAAAUUUUAAAUGUGUAUCACGAGUGAGAACAAUCAUUGCAAUGUAUUUUGCGUGAAGUAAAUAAAACACAUUGCAGAGUGA